AUCUUCCGAUUGCGAAAUUGCAACUACCCUACUAAUUUCAAAAUCAUAGGGGGUCCCAAAAUCACGACUAAGCUCCAUCGCGGCCUCUAACCAUGAUUCCACACUCAAAGGCUCCAACCUACAUCAAUUGUCUUGGCUGCCCGGCACGAUCGCAGUCACAAUUCAACUAGUCGCGGCUAAGCCUAGCUUAGCCUUUGACAGCGAUUUCACGAUCAGAGGUUGGAUGGAUGGCUAGUCAAGUAGUCAUUGCAUAUGCCAAUUAAAGCCGUUGUUAGUUUAUAUUUUUCAAAGGAGAAAAGUAUUUCAGGAAAUAAAUAAAACCUUUUGAAAGUUGAGUGCGUUUUAGGUAUUAUAAAAAAUUGAAUAGUCCGUUUGUAAAUUGGUAAAUACAAAAGGGCAUAUUGAAAAAUCAAAGAAACUUCAGGGCGUGGAUUGAAAUUUUCCAAUAAUUCAUUUAUUAACCAGAAUCUUUUUGUAUCUCCCACGAUCGGAGCACCGUUGCUUUUCUAGUCCCAUUGGGAAUUUGGAAUUCGUUACGGACGCCUCUUCCUUCUUUCGUCGCCAGCGCCGCCCUCGCUCGCCGACUAUGUUCUCCAAGAUUUUUCAUCCAUGCCGAGGCGGCUCGCAGAUCUCCUCCUCCUCUACUUCGUCCUCCUCCGUGCUCAAGAAGACUAUGGAAAUGCUUCAGGAAAAGGAGCUUGCUCUGCAAAAGAAGAUUUCUCUAGAGAUUGACAGAGCAAAGCAAUUUUCCAGGGCAAACAAUAGACAAGCUGCAAUGGAGUGCUUGAAGAGGAAAAGGUAUUACGAAGGCAAAAUGGAGCAGCUUGAACUUUUCCAUUCACGCAUUCGCAACCAGGAGCAAAAGCUAGAAAGAUGCCUUACGAGGUAGCAAAGCUUGGGAGACCACAAACACUCAUCGGAAGAGCUGUUCAUGGAAACUGAGACCGACUUGUUACUUCUACCAUUUUGUAGAUAUCGUAACUAUGCAGACUGUUGAUAUUUGACCUUGUGCUCUGCCCUGCAAGUGUUGGCUUCGUCAACUUGUUCUUAGCGAACACACCAUGAAACGGCAAUAUCCGCGUUUGAGUUUUGGAACUGUGUAAUUCUUGGAGUUAAUGCAAUUAUUUUUUAUGAUCG